ACUAUUACUGAGAGCUCAUUCGUGGGAAUUUCCACUUAUUGCAACAUCUUCGGGAAUUUCCAUUCAUCGCAGCCUUUGAGGAAUUUCCAUGUAUAACAACCUUUGUGAAACUGCUAAACGAUAACAGCCAGGUUACAUAAAAAUGUGGAAUGGAUGGUCGCCACUACGUCACGAUGUCCCGACAACGUAGACCAACCGGAAGUUGGCCCCACCCCUCCCCCGCGGGGUGUCAACACAACAAAUGAAUUUUUGCAACCAUUUCAACUUCAACCAGAACUCGCUGGAUAUCCUCCACCACAUCGACACGCCCAAAAAUGGAGUCACUUCCGCUUCCUUUUCUCUGAGCUCCGACCUAAAGCCUCCGUCGGUCAACAUGGUGGGAUGCGAUGUCCAGGCGCUCCGCUCGGCUCAGUCGGCGGUGGUGGCCCAGAACCUGCUGGUGACAUUCCUGGUGAUCACCAUGUUUGUGGUGACCAAGUCGUACUACAACCACGUCAGGCGUCAGAUGGCUAGGUGCACGGUGUUUGUUAUUGGGGCGGGUCCCACGGGUCUGACGUCAGCACUCAUCGCCUCCCAGAGCCCCCACGUGACCCAGGUGAUCGUGUACGAGGAGAUGACGAAAUCACAGCUCAUCGAGAAAGCGCACCAGGUGGAGUUCAAUCGCAGAUCACGUGACUUCCUGUCGUGCCUGGGCGUGGACUUUGACGCCCUGGAGGGGUGCCUGGAGAACAACAUCUUCCACACGAGAGUCGGCGUCUUCCUGGAACACCUGAUGAACAUGCUCAGCUGGAGAGUGGUACCCGUCACCCUGCGCAUCGGGGUCAAGUUUAGCCGAGAGAAGGUCUCAGAGAUCGAGAACUACCCGGGCAGGAAGGUGGUCAUCGCGUCCGACGGCUCCAGCGGUCAGUCGGCCCGGCUCCUGGGCCUGAGCGACGAGUUUCUCCACAGCUCCUGCCACGCCUUCGGUGCCGUGGCCUCCAUGGACCGCACGGACCUCAGCUCCGUGCCCCUGGCCGAGCGGCGCGUCCACGGGCUGGUCUUUGACCUGUCGGCCUACGGCAUCGAGCUGGGGGACAUGGACGUCAACACGGGCUUCACCCUGAAGAUGUUUGGCAGCACUCGUCAUCGCUACAUGAGCCUGGCCCUGCCCCGGUCAGAGUCUACCCUGGUCAGACACAUGAGGCUCAUGCUGGACAGAUCGAUGAUGAGGAACAUCUUCGUCAAGUGCUUCAACGCCUGCAAGUGGCAGAGCGAGGCUGAGCUGACGGAAGCGUGGGCCCUGCGCCACCUCAAGUUCAGCCCGCGGCUCUUCGACAUCAAGCUCUUCCAGCGGCUCGAGACUGUGGCCUACUUCCAGGACACGGACAUGUUCGUGCUUGUGGAGGGGGAGGCGGCGCGCUGCUGCAACUUUCACACAGGGCUGGACGUCAACAUGGCAAUAUCCGGUCUGUCAACCCUGCAUACCACGCUGGAACUGGCCGUGUGCGCGCUGACCGACAUGGACAUCAUGAGCACCAUGAUGACCAAGUCCAAACACUCGGAGUCUAUAGCCAAGCAGUUCCUACGGACAGGGCUCAAACAGGAUGUGUUUACACAUUUUUACUGUUGAUAUAAACAGGAUGUGUUUACACAUUUUUACUGUUGAUAUAAACAGGAUGUGUUUACACAUUUUUACUGUUGAUAUAAACAGGAUGUGUUUACACAUUUUUACUGUUGAUAUAAACAGGAUGUGUUUACACAUUUUUACUGUUGAUAUAAACAGGAUGUGUUUACACAUUUUU